CUCAGUUGUACAUUAGGGUUUAGUAUUCUAAAAUCACGUGACACCGGCAAACAAUCAACAUGUCGGAAAGAUACAGUUUUUCGCUGACAACAUUCAGCCCCUCUGGGAAGCUGGUACAGAUUGAAUAUGCGCUGGCAGCAGUGGCAGCAGGAGCUCCAUCUGUUGGGAUAAAAGCGACAAAUGGUGUUGUGUUAGCUACAGAAAAGAAACAGAAAUCCAUCCUGUAUGAUGACAGCAGUAUACACAAGAUUGAGCCCAUUACUAAGAACAUUGGCAUGGUCUACAGUGGUAUGGGACCAGACUACAGGGUGUUGUUGAAGGAUGCCCGUAAGCAGGCCCAGCAGUACUUUCUGCAGUAUCAGGAACAAAUUCCCACCUCACAGCUUGUACAGCGGGUAGCAAACACCAUGCAGGAGUUCACACAAUCAGGUGGUGUACGUCCAUUUGGAGUGUCAUUACUGAUGGCUGGCUGGGAUGAAGAUGAAGAGCGGCCGUACCUUUACCAGUGUGAUCCCUCUGGAGCAUAUUUUGCAUGGAAAGCCACAGCAAUGGGGAAAAACUUUGUCAACGGAAAAACAUUCUUAGAAAAAAGGUACAGUGACAGCCUUGAGCUCGAAGACGCCGUCCACACCGCCAUCCUCACCUUGAAAGAGAGUUUUGAAGGUCAGAUGACCGAGGACAACAUUGAGAUCGGCAUCUGCGACCACAAUGGCUUCCGACGACUCUCGCCCGCUGAAAUUAAAGACUAUCUUGCUUCUGUGCAAUGAUCAUGUCUAGUGAACAUUUGGUUAUUAUUCGUUCAUAUUGAUAAUUUGUUCAUGGAUUCAGUUUUUGGUAGCACUAUGUACACAUGCAGUGCUCCAGGAUCAAAUUCAGUGAUUUUCUUUCAUGAAUCUCCGUCAGAGGUAAAAUAUCUAGUUUAAAGAAAAAGUGCUCUUGUUAAUAUGGUAAACAUAAUUCUGCAGCAAAAAGGUUUGAUCUUUUCAACAGGUAUGGCAAAGAAAGUGCUACAUCCAAAAUGCAUCUUUAAAUGUUCAUUUUUUUGUGUUUCAUGACAACAUUAAAUACAUGAAAACUUGA